AUGUUAUUUGUAAUAUUUGCUUUUAUUGUUCCAUCAAUUAUUUGUGCUUUUCUCGGAUUUUAUUUAUGUAUUAGUCACAAAUCAAAACCUUUAAAUAAUUAUGAUAUUCGGUUGGAUGAAUCUACAAUAUUACUUCUUCAACAACAAGAAAAGAAUUGUUCUUUUUCUCAAACACCUUUAUUAUUAAAUAAUGGAUUGAAUUUAAAUAAUAAUUCAUCAUUUGGCCGUUCACCACCUCUUAGGCCGCUUCCACCUUCAAUGCAACGCUUCUUUGGACCUUGUUCAAAUGGAAUUGGUUGGCAAAUGCCGGCACCUCCUUCACCCCCAAAAAUAUUAAUAAACAAUUCAUUUAAACAAAAACCAUUUUUAUGCCCUCCGCCACCCGCAUAUUCAUCUAAAGAAGAAUCCCCACAACAAUUAAAAUCUGCUUUAUGUUCUUUUGCUUCUGCUUUUUGAUUUCUUUCGAUUAUUUUG